AUGAAGAGAAAUGUCUUCACCCACGUGGUCGUGGAAAUCUUCAACGGGAGUGUAGCUGAGACAGGAAACCUCGCAACCUUUAAAAUGUACGUAGAUGAGCACUUGAAAUGCAUAACAUUCAAGGCUCUGGGCCUAUUGCAGGAAGGUGGGCUCCAGGAGAAGGGUCAAAAGGAUAUGAAGUUGGAGGCUGAGGUACAGCACGUGAAACAGCGAUCCAGUGAGACCAGCACCUUGUUGCAUAUUCAUGCCUCACUCAUCUAUGACUUGCAGACACAAGUUCACAACCUGUUGGCGCGGCUGGACCAGGCUCACAGCAACAGCAAUUGCUCACUCCAACACCACCUUCUGUCUGAACAACACAAACUGUCAGAUCUCCAGUACAUUCGGAACUGUCCCCUUGACUGUGCAAGCAUCUAUUACAACGGGGUGAGUCAGUCUGGAGUCUACACCAUCAUUCCCUCCAUUGGUGGACUGCCCAUCAGAGUCUACUGUGACAUGGAUACUGCAGCAGGAGGAUGGACCAUUAUCCAACGCAGGGUUGAUGGCACCAUUGACUUCAACAGAGGCUGGACUGAGUAUAAGGAGGGUUUUGGAGAACUGACAGCAGAGUUCUGGUUGGGUAACAAUAAUAUUCACGACAUUACAAGCCAGGGGGAAUAUUCACUUCGAAUUGAUUUGGAGGAUUGGAAAUACCGACAGAAGUUUGCGCUGUACGAAACUUUCAGGAUUGAGGAUGAGUCCAAUCAUUUCCGCCUGCAUGUUGCAGGUUUCAGUGGAACUGUGGAAGAUUCCUUUGCCUGGUAUCACAACAAGAGGAGCUUCAGCACACCAGACACUGGCAACAUCUGUGCCAAGAUCUCACAUGGAGGCUGGUGGUACCAUCAAUGCUUCUUCUCAAAUCUCAAUGGGGUUUACUACAAGGGUGGAAAGUACUCAGCGGAGGACAAGGUGCUACUGGGACCGGAUGGGAUUGUGUGGUACAGCUGGAGGAACUCUGAUUACUACUCCCUGAAAACGGUGUCAAUGAAGAUACGUCCACGAAACUUUCGUCCCCGCCAGACACCCUGA